AAGAACAUGGAACAGAACAAUGUAACAUUGCUGACAGAGUUUGUCCUAGAAGGGCUUACACAUCAACCACGGUGGAAAGUCCCACUGUUCCUGAUAUUCUUGGUGAUAUAUCUCAUCACAAUUCUGGGAAACUUUGGUCUGAUCACCCUCAUCUGGAGUGACCCUCACCUUCACAUCCCCAUGUACUUAUUCCUCAGUAAUUUAGCUUUUGUGGAUAGUUGGUUGUCAUCUACAGUGACACCCAAAUUACUGAUCACCUUGUCAUUUGAGACCACGAAAAUCUCUCUCUCUGAAUGCCUGACACAAUUCUUUUCCUUUGCCUUCAGUGCAAGUGUAGAAUGUUUCCUCUUGACUUCAAUGGCUUAUGAUCGCUAUGUAGCUAUAUGCAAACCUUUGCUUUAUCCAAUGAUUAUGACCAAUGGACUAUGUUUCCACCUAGUAAUUUUGUCAUUUGUAGGUGGUUUUCUUCAUGCCAUAAUUCAUGAAAUCUUUUUAGUGAGACUAACUUUCUGUAAAUCAAACAUAAUACAUCACUUUUACUGUGAUGUUAUGCCUUUUUUAAAGAUUUCCUGCUCUGACACCUCUAUUAGUUUUCUGCUGGUAUUUGCUUUAGCUGGUUCAGUUCAAGUAUCCACCAUGGUGACUGUCCUAGUCUCUUACAUAUUUAUUAUUUUUACAAUCUUAAAAAGCAAGUCUAUCACAGGCAUAAAGAAAGCAUUUUCCACCUGUGGUGCCCAUCUCUUAUCUGUGUCCUUGUAUUAUGGUCCCCUUCUCUUCAUGUAUGUGCGCCCUUCAUCUAGAGAGGCAAAUGACGAGAAUAUGAUGGAUUCUCUAUUUUACACAGUCAUAAUUCCUGUGUUAAACCCAGUUAUCUAUAGUCUGAGAAAUAAGCAAGUCAUGGAUUCAGUGAGAAAGAAAUUAAAGAGAAGUGUUUAG